AUGACUGACACUUGCAAGCCCGCAUGCGAGCCCACAGGCUGCCGCUACGACGACGCCCCGCUCGACUGCGAUGUGUUUCCCCACAUUAUGGACUCUGUCCUGCAGGCGAGUUCGCCACCCACCCUGCUCGCUAUCAGGGGCCUCUCGUCCGAGAUGCGUUAUCGCGUAGACGGCAUCCUUGCCUCCCACAUUACCAUCUCCAACCGUCCUCACUGCUCCUCGUCCCCAUCCUACCUCGACGUUUCACCACACUGCUGCAAACUCGGCUUCCGUCCUCCCAUCGACCUCGCCCGUACGCGAAUUGUCGACCUCGUCGGUCCUGUCGGCGCACGUCCCGUGACGUAUCGAGCUGCUGGCGCAGGCAAGAACGGCCUUGAGCUCUACCUCGAGUACCUCUCUGAGAAGCUCGUCAACGUGCAUACCGUCCGGCUGCGUCCCGACACAGAGGGGCGGGGUACGUCCCUGUGCCCGAUACAAGCAAAGACCGUCGUGGCGUUCGCCGAAUUCAGUGAGCCAGAGUCAUCGUCGUACCCGUCCAUUGCGUCCGUUGGACCCGUGCCGGAUAGCACGGAGCGACUAGUCCUCAACGUCGCGUACGAGCCCCGAAGCUGGUGGCUGCCCCGCGCCAACUUGAUCCUUUGCGACGUGGCCCACAAGCCCAACCUCACCAACGUCGCCGUCCUCCUCUCCCCUACUGCCAGCUCACCCGGAUGCGGUCGGUCCUAUGGCGAAGCUAUCAGUGGACAGUGGAUGGGCAUGAUGAGCUCUAUUGUCAACCUCAUGUCCUACACCCUCCCACGCGUCAAGUUUACGCUCGUUGGCGUCGAGAAGCUCGAGCCGGAAUGGCUCGGAAUCGAACCCGACUGGCACGGCAGCCCGCCAUCGUCGACGGGAUUCUUUGAUUUCCGCAACGACACGGUCGUCCACCUCGUCAUUGAAGCGGUCGAGACGGAACUUCGCCGCCGCCACAUCAUGGACGACGAGGAGAUUGAGGAGGCGCUCUCCCACAUCACAUUCAUGUCGCGCGACAAGUACGAGAAGUCUGUCAACGCCAGGCAGUUUGAGCUCGAGACAGUCCAGUAA